AUGACCAAGGAAGCUCAUCUGGCUCCUCAGCAAGCACAUCAAAAGGAGUGUUUCUUCACCCGUUUCCUAAUGGCUCUUACCUGUGACAUCCUCUUAGCAAUUGAGGGUCCAGAGCAAACUGGUUUUCAUUUACUCCGCUUUACAAAACUCUACGUCUCUUUGGGUGCAUUUGUAUUUACACUUUCCUCAGAUGACUUCCUGAAGAGCUCUUCUGUUGAGGUGGAUGCCUGCAGCAAAAGCACUACAUCAUCUGAGGGUGCCGCCCAUACCCUGCUUAUCCACGGCCUCGUCGAGCUCAAGAGAGGCUGGAGGAGGCAGAAGCGGCACCUCUUCUUAUUCAGCGAUUUCUUGCUGGUGUCUGAUACCAAGUAUAAGAAAAAACUUAAGAUAAAAAAGAAAAUACCACUGAACACCAUGUGGACUGCCAACUGUAUGGACAGAGUGGAGGAUGCCAACAUCUGUGCUGGGAGGUCCUUUAUCCUGGGCUGGCCCACGGUGACCUUUGUGGCCACCUUCGGUUCUUCGGAACAAAAGGAAAAAUGGCAUUCUUUCCUUCAAAGGUACAUCAAUCUGGCCAAAGAGAAGGACCAGCCCAAAAGCAUUCCUCUCAGAAUCUUCACUGAGGACAUCAAGAACUGUGCCUGUUCUGUAACUGUAACAGUAACAAAUUCAGACACAGUGAAUGACAUUAUCAACAUGUCACUACCAAUGCUAGGAAUAACUGGCUCUGAGAAAGACUACCAGCUGUGGGUGAGUGCUGGCAAGGAAGCGUCCCCACACCCACUCACUGGACAUAAACAUCCCUAUGGAAUUAAAAUGAGCCAUCUUCCAUCUACCACACUGCUGCCGCAGACACCAGAGGACUCCAUCUCUCCUUCCACCCUCCAGGAGUCCCUCCUUCUGGAGCAGGGGUUCGCAGAGAUGCAAGGCCGGUUCAUCCUGAAGCCCAGGCACCCGGCGCAGAAUGAGCAAGGGAGAGAUUACAGGCAGAAGACAGUUAAAAGCGGUUUUUUCAGAGACUGGGCCUGUUGUCUGGGCUCCAGCACUAGCCAGGACAGCCAGUGCACAACCCCACCUUCUUCAAAGCCAGGACAGCUCUUUGGAGUUUCCCUCAUGGAUGUGUGUAGUAAAGACAACUUGCCCUUCCCAAACUUCCAUACUUGGGGGAGAGCAUCUAUGUAA